AUGCCUGAGGGAGAGCACAACAUGCCUGAGGGAGAGCACAACAUGCCUGAGGGAGAGCACAACAUGCCUGAGGGAGAGCACAACAUGCCUGAGGUAGAGCACAACAUGCCUGAGGUAGAGCACAACAUGCCUGAGGGAGAGCACAACAUGCCUGAGGGAGAGUACAACAUGCCUGAGGGAGAGUACAACAUGCCUGAGGGAGAGCACAACAUGCCUGAGGGAGUGCACAACAUGCCUGAGGGAGAGCACAACAUGCCUGAGGGAGAGCACAACAUGCCUGAGGUAGAGCACAACAUGCCUGAGGUAGAGCACAACAUGCCUGAAGAAGAGCACGACAUACCUGAAGAAGACCACAACAUACCCGAGGGAGAGCACAACAUGCCUGCAGGGAGGCAUGCCAGUAAGAGAAGACCCAGCGAGAUGAAUGACCAGCGACGAGGAAGAAAAAAUAAUAACGAUAUCACCUGA